AAGGUUCGUGAUCUCCUUCCUCUCUACCAAGUUUACGCUUUUCUUCAAAGGAGAUCAAGAACAAUGAGCCAGUACAAUCAACCUCCUGUCGGUGUUCCUCCUCCUCAAGGUUAUCCACCGGAGGGAUAUCCAAAAGAUGCUUAUCCACCACAAGGAUAUCCUCCUCAGGGAUAUCCUCAGCAAGGCUAUCCACCUCAGGGAUAUCCUCAACAAGGUUAUCCUCCUCCGUACGCGCCGCAAUAUCCUCCACCACCGCAGCAUCAGCAACAACAGAGCAGUCCUGGGUUUCUAGAAGGAUGUCUUGCUGCUCUGUGCUGUUGCUGUCUCUUGGAUGCUUGCUUCUGAUUGGAGUCUCUCUCUCUCUGCAUAAAAGCUUCGGGAUUUAUUUCUAAGAGGGUUUUGGUUAAACAAAAACCUUAAUUGAUUUGUGGGCAUUAAAAAUGAUUCUCUCUCGUUUUAUGCUGUUCUUCGGUUCACAACAUUAUCUAUUGUCUGUCGACGUUCUGGCUUAGUUUGGAUUUGAUUAUGGGAAUGUAAAUUGGUGGGGAUACACUAUUCUAUGCCGUAGUUUAUUGCUUU